AUGUCUUCAAGACAUUCUAAAAAGCACCACCACAAGUCCAGGGAGAAGGCCCCUUCAGAGGAAUGGUCCGAAUGGAGUUUGGACCAGACCAGUAUGCGCUACUACCAGAGCAGGGACGUGAAUGGAAAGCGCGAAUACAAGUGGGAUGAGAGCGCCCCGAGGACUAUUCCAUCCGAAUCAUCGUCCCAAAGUACUACUUCUGGCAGUGCCGCGGGUGGCGACUCUUCAAAUUAUAAAUAUGCAGUACCGGAUCAGGCCGGGGAAUCAGUUGAAGCGUUGUCAAGCAAGCUAGGAAACACCACCUUAUCCGGACAGGCUUCGGGUUCGUCAUCGUCUCAAGGAAGUUUGUCUACUAUCCCGUACACGUCAAGUUCGUCAACUCUAGGCUACCCAGGGUCCCAACCAAUACCCAUCAAUACCAACAGCGGUAUUUAUUCAUACUCGUCUUCAGCAAAAACCGUCAAUUACGGUAUCAACUAUGGUGGGAUGGGAACUACGGUAUCUGGUAGCUCAGCCGCAUACUACGAGGGCGGCUCCGAGACAGGAAUGGGAUCUUUCAGCAGUUAUUCAACUACCCCAAAGGCAACCGGCCCCUGGUACCAAUCUACAUCGAAAAGUGCAGGAUUAUCUGGCACCAAUCCGGUUUCAAGCAGCGGCCGUGAGCAACCGUCAGAAGCAGGCGAAAGCAGUAAAAGUGGAGCAUUGAAAGCAAAAGCCGAUCGGGUCAUUAAAGGCACCCAAGGAUCGGAGGAGAGGCUCGAUCCUAGCUUCAGGAUCCAUCAUUCCAAACGCUUCGAACCUGGCCAGGUGAUCAAAGUCCUCUGGUCGGAGCCGAUGGGUGGCAAUUACUCCAAUGCAACGCAAAUCACCGAAGAAGUAGUCGAAACCAAACUUGGCGAACAAGUAUAUACGACAACCCGACGCUUUGUGAUAAUUGCUAAUGACCACGGUCACUGCCAAUGCUUGCCGAUACUCACCUACCAACGCCAAGCCACAAACAAGCUGGGUGUUAAACGCGAAGAGCAUGCGAUGAUUUACACCGGAGACUCGCCCCCCCAACCGCUCCCAGGAGAGAGCCCUCUCGAAAAACGGCCCAUUCAAAUGAUACCAAAGACCCCUCGUGAGAAGUUAGAUCCCGCAUCCCGAAUCAAUUACGCCAAAUAUUACACAGUGGAGCAUAACGUAAAGGUCAAAUUCAUCGGCAAGCUCGCUCCCAGCUCUUACAAGACCUUCGUGAUGGAUUCAGAAACCGCGUGGAAUAACAAGAUACGUCUUCCGCAGGAGUACUAA